ACAGCUAAUUACUCCUGGCCUUUUUAUCCAAUUGCUAACCAGGCAUUGUAUGGUUACGACCAAGCAUCCAACAAAUCUUUCAAAAGCGAGAAAAUCCCAAAUGGCGUCAGAACUCAGGUGGAAGAUGGAAUCCAGGCUCUGUUUGUGCCCGCAGGAGAAGAGGUCGACCUUGGUGACUUUGCUGGUACGUGCAUCAGUAAUCCAUAUCUCUGUCAGAAUUUUACUGUGUCAUUUCUAUUUAAAACUGGAGCCGAUAAAGAUCUAAAGGUCCUGGAUUCGGGCUUGCGUGCUGAUGACCAAACAGAUGAGUACGAGUAUGGCUGGUCAUUUGAGAUUUCUCCCUAUUCUGGCAGUGCUGAAGCGACAGUCACCGGUAAUGGCGCGGGCAGCGAUCUGGCGGCUCUCAAUUCUUGGAUUCAAAUAGUUUUUACUUUUGAUUACGGAAUAAUAACCAACGUAGUCCUCUACCAAAAUUAUAAUGGCACGCUAGUAGACAAUCUGAUGGCAUCGGGACAAAGCUAUGUGGAUCAAGACCGGAACACGCGUCUGAAGCUUGGCUCCACAUCCAACACAAAAGGGUUCUUUAUAAGCAACCUAAACUUUAUUGGAAUUAAGCUGAGUGUAGAAGAAAUUCAAGAACUUGGGAACAGGAGUUUUAAAGAAGGUAUGAUAAAGGGUUGGUUAUUAAAUGAAGUAUAACUUAAAUCCUUUUGCAGGGUAAUUGUUUUAAGCAAGACAGAAUAAAUGGACAGAGAAAGAAACGCCCAUUCUAGCCCUUAGGAAAUGUGAAUUUCACCAAAGUUAUUUUUAGACAAAUGAAACACUUGAAAUUAAUCGGAAAUUAGUUUCCGUAGAGGUCCGCAAACUUUUGUUUGGUCUUAGAAUUCAACAGUCGCCGUUAAAAUAUUCUGCAUUGUUUGACUAACAUCAUGAGUUUUCUCUGGCUACGGGGAUUAAGUCCGCGGCUUCCCGCUCUGCAGUUCAAUGAAAACACAAUAGUUCAAUAUAACCACGCUAGAAGUUCAAUAACAGCACAUUUGUUAGAUGUCAUGUCACUCAAAAAGCAUAAUAUAGAGCAUUUAUCUCCCUAAAGUUACCAACUCAUUAAUUUAAGGAGAAAUCUGAAAGUGCAAUCUCAAACUGCUGCCUAAGUUAGCCCGAGUACAGCCGUCGCCUCUCAAACAAAAAGUUAAAACGUCUCUCUGCUUGAUUAUGUUUGAGGGGAGGAGGAGGCUGUAGGCGGGCUAGCCUAAGCUAGACUCGAUCGGUUUGACUAACGAUUCUUAGAGGUCUAUUCAAGAGAAUGUAGAAUGUAUUGAUGUAUUCACUACAAUUUAUUUCGCCAAUAGCAAUGGAGGCAAAGAACGUCACAAUUGAGAUUCUGAAAGCUCAAAUAAUAAUACCAGCAGAUGCUGGCAUGGCAGUGAUACGCAUGCGUCGUCAGGGAUUUCUUGCUAUUGCUACUGCAGUGAAGUAAGUACUGAAACAGUCCACGCUAAAAAAGGGGAAAAUAGAAGAAUGUAGCUCCUAAUGUGGUAUGCCAAAAGAAGGUGAAUUCUUAUUAUGGUAUAGUUCGUGGUUUGUAAAUGGCAAUGACUUUUUUAUGGUCUCGAACCAGGCUUUUUGGUAGAGGAAAAAAACCAAAUGAGCCUUUUUUCCCCACUAACGAACCGGGUCCGAGGCUAACUUUGUCGGCGUCCAUGAGUUGUGUUUUAAAAACUAGCCGGUAUAAUCACUAAACAGUCUCAAAAUGACGGUCCUCCGAGGUGUUUUUAAUCAAUGGUAGUCUUUACACUAGAGCAUAAAUAAGCUAAGAAAUAUUUCAAGACAAAUAAAUUUUAAUUACCUCAAGUUUACUAAAGCUUCACACACAACCGGUUCUUUUUUACUUCAGGUUAUUUCCCCACGCAACAAAAUUAAGAUUGAUUGACAUGUCUCGCUUUUAUCAAAGCUCAAGAAACCGCAAAACCUCAAGUCAGCUAAGUCGGUCAUAAGGAUGGUUUUCAAGUCGCUUGAAACUUUCUUGAAUCGUUUCAACUUUCCGACUUUAAUGAGAUGCAAAGCAAAGUUACUUGAGAUUUUACUUAGGCCUUCACACGAAUUUUUGGUUAAGCAAAACUUAGCGGCUCUUAAGUCUUACUUAACAGCCUAGUGUAAAGACAACCAGUGUUAUCAAUUUCAGCACUGAAGAAUACGUACCAACUCCGGGGGGUGGAUGAUCAUAAGUGAGACCUCUCGUCUGGGGCUAUGCUAUGCUAAUGAGUCCUAAUGAGGACGAAACAGCUGUCCAUGGCUGCCACUGCCUGGGUGAUAUGGUUGUGCGCAUGCGUAAGGUACUCGGGCCAUAUCGCGGAGUUGAUACGUGUGCUACAGUGCUGAAAUUGGAAUUGUUUGAUUUUAUGCUUGAUAUGGAUGAGAACGUUGUCAGACGGGACUCCUUAAAACGUUUUCAGUGUUUUGCUGUCCUUGGUACGGCAGUACAUACGCAUGGUGCCCAUUUGGUCAGGAUGUACGUGUUACCCCACGGAGGGUUGACAAGUUUAAAUUUAAGAGUUCAUAGCAUUAUUGUAUGAGACUGAGUAUGAUCCGAAGACUUAUCCAGUUCGUAGGGACCAGUUAUUCGUCGGCCUCGGCGAAUAACUCCCUGCUAUAGAUUCACAAUAAUUCAUACAUUAGAAACAAACUUAUAUUCUUACCUCGAGCGAUGUAAAGUUACCUUCUUGGCAAAUUACGGAUUUAAAGAGAUUGUCUACUCCAGCCGAUGUUGCUCAAAAAUCAGUUGCAUACGUUGAGUUAUAUCUUUGCUGUUUUUCGCCAUGUUUUUAGGCAUUAGUUCUGCUAUCUUCUUCGCAAAAUGUGUGAAAUUUUCCGCUAUUUUCUCAAGCACUACGUACACCAAGACAGCCAAGCUAGCGCAACUUCCUCAUAGAGCUUCUAGGUUGCCGUGCCUUUUUCUUGCAAUUACCCUGUAGCAUUGAUGUCAUUUUAUCGGAUAUUGCAAACGCCUUCAAAAAUUAAGUCAACGUUGACUGAUUGUGAAGAAUCAGUCGGGGGAUUUGUGCCAAUCAGAAACAGAAUUUUUUCGUUGAAUUAAUAGUGACACCUAUUGUCUGUGUUGUAUUUUCUUAAGCUAUGAUAUGAAAAGCUUGACAGCGGAACCAAACAAGCACUACAAGGUUGCUGCUGGGGAGCAACUGGCAUUUGCUCCGGGAGAGAUUUACAAGGAAGUUAAAAUUGGUAUCAUUAACAUGGAUAACAGCUUUGAAGGCAACAAAACCUUUCAAGUCAUUUUCUCAAGUUCUCAGAGGUCCGUGACGAUGAAAGGACCGCAGCAGGUCAAUGUAACUAUUAUGUACACUAAAGGUAAGGGAAAAUUCCUUACCUGUUUUUUUUGUGUUUUUUUUUUUAAACCGGGCUACUAAAAAAUGUCAGUCUCUCUCCCAGUGAUUGUUUAUUUAAUAGCCCUUUUUACUGGAAAGGCAAAAUCUAACCAGGAAGAAAAUAUUGUAGGCACCAUGCAUGUAUGCAAAGCUUUCUUCAUUAGGCUGAAAAAUAGGAAAUUUUAAGGAUUUGUUUCAUUUUCAGCGUCACCGAUUGCAAAGCCAUUUCCCCAAUUU